UAAUCUAAUUAACCUUAUAUCAAAUUAUAGUUAAAUUAUUAUAAGGCACUAACACUUUUUUUGGCAGGCACAUAUGGGAGAGCAUCAACGGUCUGAGAAAAAUUUUCAAGUUUUACGACCCAGAGCUUCUCACAAUGCAUGGGAUCAACGAUGAAGAACAGAGUCAGUCUUUUGACGAUGCGGCAAGACGAUUGGCUAAUUGGUUAUCAUUAAUGAACAACAACCACCAAAUGUUCUUUAUUCCUUGGAAUAUCGGGAUGCAUUGGACGCUAGUGGUGGUUGCGCCAAGGAAAAUUAUCCAUUUAAACCCUGUAAAAGGCCGCCCAAUUCCCGAAGAAAUAGAACAAAUGAUCGGAAGGGCAUUCAUGUAUAUAGGGGACGCACAUCAGUAUCUUGGCCCGUGGCAAGGAAUUUCACAAGCAAACUGUCCAAGACAACCUAAAAGCCAAGAAUGCGGUUUUUAUGUUUUGAAAUAUAUCACUGACAUCGUCGCACGUGCCAACCCCAACCGUUACAUACAAGAUCAAAAAGCUUUUGGGGGUAAGAAGCAAUACGAUCCAAAAACAGAAUUGUUACCACUACAGCGAAAGUGGAUCGAACAAUUGAUGGCGGUGAUUCACGGUGACGAUUGAGGUUCAAAGGUCGAAGAAUUUUUCUUCAUUAUGUAAUUUUUAUAGAUUAACUUGUAAUUAAAUUUAUUAACUUAUUAAUAUUUUUAACUAAUUUUACAUGUUUGUGUAAUAUUUAAUUACUUUUAUGAAAUCAAAUUAUGUUUUUACCCAAAUUUAAUUACUAUUUAAUUUAAAAUGUAAUUAAUAUAUAAUUAAAUUAAAUAAAUAUGUAAUUUAAAAUUUAAAUAAAUAUGUAAUUUAAAUUAAAUAAAAUAAUAUAUAAAUUAAUAAAUAUAAAAUUAAAAUA